UCCGGCCGGGAAAGACGUCUAAUGACAGUUCACUUGUUGCCAUUUGUUUAUAUUUUAUAGGUUUGAUUGCAUGUGAAAAUAGAUUGCUUAAUUAGCUUGUGGAAACUCGUCUGGUCUGUGAUUUUUGUGACACUGUCUUGUCUGCAUCUAAAUAUAGCAGGUUGACCAUUCAAGAGGUGACACAAACUCAUCGCAUCACGAGUCACGUUGUUCAUCGCUUUAAGUCAACUGCAAAUUCUCCGUAAUUUUUUGUCAAAAAAUUAAAGUCUAGGCCCUCGACUAAGAUAAAAUAUGUCUGGUUUCCUUGACAACUGUCAGUGUAGCAGAUGUGAUUGCAUUGAGCUGGGAGAGAGAAGAAACGCCGUUGCUGCGGUGGCGUCCGGCAUUUUGUUUUUCACAGGGUGGUGGCUUGUCAUAGAUGCUGCUACAAUGUAUCAGAACCAGGCAGAUUUCAACCAUGCCUAUCAUACCUGUGGUGUUAUAGCCACGCUGGCAUUUUUCAUGAUAAACUCGGUGUCUAAUGGGCAGAUUCGAGGAGAGAGUUACACCACAGGCUGUAUGGGACAAACAGGUGCUAGAAUCUGGUUGUUCCUGGGCUUCCUCCUGGGGUUUGGAGCUCUGAUUGCUGCAUCCUGGAUCCUCUUCGGCUUCUAUGUCGUUCCUCCAAAUCCCCCUCCCCAGUGGCCAGGUAUUGCUGUUUUUCUUCAGAAUGCUCUCAUUUUCUUCAGUGCCCUGGUAUUUAAGUUUGGUAGAACAGAAGAUCUAUGGGGUUGAUGUGGAAAGCCUGGACUGCCAUAGGAAACCAAAAUCUUCUCAAGAAACCCGCCUUGUACAUUAUUCCCCUAUUUUAUUUUUGAAAUGUACAUAACAUUUAAAAGAUGCUGGAAAUGUAAUCCUGUGUUUUAACAUGAACUAAAUGUUUUUGUAGAAUACUUUUUUGUACGUUUAUGUGCUUUUGUAUGCUCAAUGUUUGGUUGUAAAAUAGCUUUCAAUCCCAUUACUAAAUAUAUCUCACUUGGAGAAGCGCUGUUGUAAUAAAUGUGUUGAACAACUUCCAACUCUUAGCCGAUGUUUUUCAAAACUUGUUUUUGUACGCAUUUUGCACUUGAAUGUGGAAUACUUACCAUUGACAUUCAGUGUUCACAUCUUCGCUCUACUUCAUGUAGCCAUCAAAACCGUCUCUCUUCCAUACAGCAGACUUCAAGGUCGGCCAUCCAUCCUAAAACAUGUUCGUCUCUACUGCCUUCUUUGUGCGGACAGCUGGGGCCCAUUUAAUUUCAGAUUCGAACUGCAUUAUCUGUAUUUGUGGUCAGAUCGAUGUGCAUACACAGCUAAUCUUGCAAAAUUGAUGUUUUUUUUUUUUUUCUUUUUUUUUUUUUUAUGAAUUUUUUUUUAUGAAAUAAUUUUGGCACUGAGACUGCCUGGAUGAAAAGAGCCCAGGGUUUGGUAUUUUGUGUUUGUGUAAAGAUUUUAAUGUUGAAAAACAAGCUAGUUGGAUUUCUUCUUGUAAAACGAGUGCAGAUUGAAUAAACAAACUGGCGUAAUGCUUUGCAAACGCAUUAAGGCCUUUUCAAUGGUAGGGAUAUUGAUUGUUGGUCAAAUUUGUGCCGGUCAUAGAUACUGAAAUAUGAUGCACCCAUGGGAAAGCCCCUUGAGACUCCUAUGUUGUAACAGCUGUAUAUGCUUAGAUUGACCCUUAAUUUGUCUGUUUGAAAUAUUAUAGUUUAGGCCUACUUCCUUGUAGACAUUCGUUUCAUAAGAACUCUUGUAGACGGAUUACUAUAACUAAAAGCAACUGUGAAGUAAGAAUUGCUUGUUUUGCUUUUAUAUUUCUAAAUUUGGCCCAG